CUUCGAGCGAGGCACUGCUUUUGCAUUGCUCACGACCUGAGCCCCAGAUGACGCCGUCCGUCCAUGCCGACGAGUACGUCCGGCCGCCUCAACGGCCGCUGGCGCUCAUGGCGCACGACAAGCCGGCAUCCCAUCCUCAACAGGUGCCAGCUUCGAUUGGCAUGUUGCGCAGCCAGAGUCGAUCGUAUACGUUGUCCCUGCCGGCCUGGAUGCUGUGGUAUAAGCUGUCGUCUUCUCCGAUCCCGGCAGGUGCACAUCUCGGCGGUGGGAGCGCACCACAUCCGAAUUACUUGGAUCACCGACGACCGCAGCGCGCCGUCCGUGGUGGACUACGGGACAUCUCCGGGACAGUACGACGCCUCCGAGACGGGCUACCAGGCCACGUACCAGUUCUUGUCAUACACAUCGGGCGCCAUACACCACGUCACCAUCGGCCCGCUAGAGCCGAGCACGACUUACUACUACAGGUGCGGAAGUGCCGGCGACGAGUUCAGUUUCCGGGCACCUCCGGCCACUCUGCCCAUCGAUUUCGUCGUCAUUGGUGACGUGGGGCAGACGGAGUGGGCGGCGUCGACGCUGUCCCAAAUCGGCGCCGCGGACCACGACAUGAUGCUGCUUCCCGGAGACCUCUCGUACGCGGACCGCCAGCAGGUGCUCUGGGACUCGUGGGGGAGGCUGGUGCAGCCGCUGGCGAGCGCGCGGCCGUGGAUGGUGACUGAGGGGAACCACGAGAAGGAGACGCUGCGCGAGCUCGGCACGGUGCGGCGCUUCGUGGCGUACAACGCGCGGUGGCGCAUGCCGCACGAGGAGAGCGGCUCGCGCUCCAACCUCUACUACUCCUUCGACGCGUCCGGCGGCGCGGUGCACGUCGUCAUGCUGGGCUCCUACGCCGACCUCGAGGAGGGGUGGUCGGAGCAGCACGCGUGGCUGCGGAGGGACCUUGCGGCGGUGGACCGGCGCAGGACGCCGUGGCUGCUGGUGCUCAUGCACGUGCCGUGGUACAACACCAACCGGGCGCACCAGGGCGAGGCGGAGGCCAUGCGCAGGGACAUGGAGAGCCUGCUCUAUGAGGCACGCGUGGAUGUCGUCUUCGCCUGUCACACCCAUGCCUAUGAGCGCUUUGCCAGAGUUUAUGACAAGAAGGCCAACAGCCAGGGUCCGAUGUACAUCACCAUUGGUGAUGCAGGCAACAACAAAGCUGAGAAAUUCAUGAGUGGCCAUGAGUUGGCGCACCUGUCGCUGUUCCGGGAGCCAAGCUUUGGGUACGGGCGGCUGAGGAUUAUCGACAACAGGAGAGCAGUAUGGACGUGGCACCGUAACAACGAUAAGGAUGCCCAAGUCUCCGACGAGGUCUGGUUGGAGAGCUUGGCUACCAGUCCAUAACUAGGAAUGGACCAUUCCAACGGCAAUGCGAAAACGAUAUUAUAUAUAUACUAUAUAUAUAUGCCCGUUGCGACCGGAGUAAAAAAUUUGUAUGAAACAUAGAAAUAGAACAACAAACAUCACUGUGAUAUGUAAAAUUCGUAUGAUAAAUAUUAUCAAUAUCGCACAAAUUAUUUAUAUAGAG